CCAAAGGGAAAUAACUGUAACGCCGUCAGAUUGUGUAUUGUGCUUGUUCAUAGUUCAUCAUGGCGACUGAAACUGGAGAUGGCCGUAUUCAAAAAAUGGAAGUGGAUUAUUCUUCCACAGUGGACGAAAAGAUUCCCGCUACGGAAACAAUGGCUAAACAAGGGAAGCUUACCGAUGCUAUUGAUCAGCUAAUGUCAUUGGAAAAACAGACAAGAACAGCUGCAGAUACUCACUCAACAAGCCGUAUUCUUGUGGCUAUUGUCAAGAUGUGCUUCGAAACGAAGAACUGGGAUGCUUUGAAUGAGAACAUAGUUUUGCUGACAAAGAAAAGAGGUCAAAUCAAGCAGUCUGUGACCAAAAUGAUCCAAGAAGCAUGUACAUAUGUGGAAAAGAUGCCAAACAAAGAGACAAGACUGAAGCUGAUUGAUACUCUUCGCACUGUCACUGCUGGCAAGAUCUAUGUUGAGAUUGAAAGAGCCAGACUGACUCGUACAUUAGCUAAAAUCAGGGAGGAUGAAGGAGACAUUUCCACUGCAGCAUCUGUGUUACAAGAACUUCAGGUUGAAACGUUUGGUUCAAUGGAGCGCAAGGAGAAGGUUGAGUUCAUUCUAGAACAAAUGCGACUUUGUCUUGCCAAGAAGGACUACAUUCGUACCCAGAUUAUCAGCAAGAAAAUCAGCACUAAAUUCUUUGAAGAUGCUGAUACAGUGGAACUCAAGCUGAAGUUUUACCAGCUGAUGAUUGAGCUGGACCAGCACGAAGGCUCCUACCUAGCUAUUUGCAAGCACUACCUGGCUAUAUACAACACUGACCAGAUCAAGAAAGACAAAGAAAAAAUGAAAGAGGCGCUGUGUUGUGUAGUUCUGUACCUUGUGCUAGCUCCCUUUGACAAUGAACAGUCAGAUCUAUUGCACCGAGUGGCAAAGGACAAGAACAUGGAGGAAGUUCCCUUUUACGAGAAAUUUCUGAAGAACUUCACCACGAAUGAAAUCAUCAACUGGAGUGGCCUCUGCAAGGAAUAUGAGAAGGGACUGCGUGGUGGAGAAACAGCCACAUUUGUUUUCAGUGCCAGUAGCAAAGUGGAGGGCGGAGAGAAACGCUGGGCAGAUCUCAAGAACAGAGUUGUAGAACAUAACAUUCGUGUAAUGGCCAAGUACUAUACACAGCUACGCAUGCAGAGAAUGGCUCAGUUACUUGACCUGUCUGAAAGUGAGACUGAGGAGUUCCUCUCCAACCUGGUGGUGAACAAAACUGUCCAGGCCAAGAUUGACCGACUGGCCGGUGUGGUCAGUUUCAGCCAGCAGCGUGACCCUAAUGCCGUGCUCAACGCCUGGGCGACCCGUGUCUCCGAUCUGAUGCAGCUGGUGCACAAGACCAACCACUUGAUCAACAAGGAGCAGAUGGUUCAUCAGCUGGGUCCUGCUGCCGAUGUUAAAGCUUAAAGUUGUCUCCUCUUUUUAGGGGCUUGGGAAAUAGAAAGGGACAGGAGUUGAUACUUUGAAUAUAUAAAUAUUACAGCUCUGUGCCUGUCAUGUGUAUGGUGCCCUCAGAUAAUUAGUUGGAUGUUUAAAAAAAAACUUUGAUAAGAAUAGCUCCAGAGGUGUAACACCUGUCUCCUGUUUGUCCUUUUGAAUUUAGAAUUACAUUUUUUUUCUUCUAAAAUUUGAAAUAAUUUGAGGAACUUCAAUGCGUAAUGUUGAUAAAUUUCCAUAGGAUAUGAAAGUUCACCAGUGAUUGUAAAAUUUGACAAAUAAAUGCAUCAUUUACUUGACACAGUUUAUAAGGGAAUCGAUAGAAAUAAAUGUUUUGUAAUUUCAUUUAUAUUUAGAUAUAUCGGAACUAUACUAAAUUCUGCAUUUCUAGUUCUGAUAAGAAAAGUAUGGCACAUAGCUUCUGUAUAUGAGAACAUUUGUGACACAUUUGCUGUCAUUACUCUUCCUGAUUCUUUUCUUUUUUCUGUGUUGGGGCACAACUGUGAAAGGGGAGGGUGGAGGGGAGUGUGAAAAUGCGGAUAUUUUGACAGGUGGGAUGGCAUGACAAGAAUGAGAUUUUGGAAUUUUCACUUAGCAAAGAUAUUGUCUGGUGUUUGUCAUGCUGUUGUUGUUUGGAGAGUUGUCAGUGUGAGUGAAAUGUGUAAGCGGCUGUGUGAGGGGCUGAAUGGUGAGCAUGGAAAAAGUUAUUUGCACUUGUGUGGAAAGGUUAUACGACCUCUUUUGGUACAGUUUCUCGUUGUUGGAAUGCUGUUUCAUCCCCAAAUAUGUUUCCUUGUGUAUUUCACACUUUGAUUUUGCGUAUUUCUUUGUUUAGUUUGUUAACUUAUUGAUCAUUUACAUGUGUUGCUUUAACAAAAACCUUGUGGUUACAGCGAAGUGGAUUGAAAAGAGGCUUUUGUUGGGGGGGGGGGGGGGGGGUUAUUUUAUUCUGUGAAAGUGACUUUAAAUAAUACUGUUAGUUGGAUUUCUACAGCUUGAUAUGUCAUUUUUAGAUUUAAAUUAGAAGACUGUUGUGAUCUGUAAAAUGAUAGAAGUUCAGAAUUAAAAUAUGUGAACUUUGAGCAGUCUCAAGUUUAUUUUGCUAUGUUUAUCACAGGUUGAUUUCCUUCUUUUUUUUAUUUUGCAAUCUCCUGUUUGAUCUGAAGGGCACCCAGUUGUAGAUUUCCUUUAUCUGGGGUAGUGUGCUUGUUUAGCAUUUGUGUGUGGCUGAGGUCUGUAUUCAUUGUUGUCAAACUUGGCUUUUGACAUACAUGUGUGACAACUACUGUCAUUUGGAUGAAUGACACUUCUGACAGUUUGUACAAAUGUCAUGGUAUUGAAUUAAAAUGAUCUUUGGUACA